AUGCUGCCUCUGAAAACAGGCCAUCUUGAGGUUGUAUGGGUCUUGUUAGAGCAUGGAGCGGGUGUUAAUGCUCCGGAUAAGAUGGAUGGCACUGCGGUUCUUGGUGCUUCUCAAAGUGGCGAUUUUGAGGUUGUGACGUUUUUGUUAAGGAACGGAGUAAAUCAGUUCGCCCACGCUCUUCUAAUUACUUUCGAAUACGGCAAUUUGGAGGUUGUGAAGGUCUUCUUAAAGCAAAAGAAGAAUUCUAUCCAGAUUUUCCUUUAUGAUAAUGCUCUUAGGGCUGCUUCUUCAAAGGGCCUCCACAAGAUCCAACAACUAUUAUUAGAGAUAAUUCUAAAUUUCAGCAUACAGAGUGACAAACACGGGAAUGGCAAUCCUCUUCGAGGUUCUGACGGAAGAAAUCCCAAGAGACAAGGCUUAGCUGACAAAAGUACGAGCUCAAUUCUAGUGAUGGAGGAUUUGUACAGGCUGACCUUCAUGCAUUCAUUUCACCAAACUCAUCCCCAAUGGUCUGGGUUCUAG